UUGCUUGGGUAUGGGAUUGUGCAAGUCAAGAAUGAGAAUCUAAAUAUCGUCUCUCUUCUUUGGGCGAACUACUCAAGCUCUCACUUUAUUCUUAUCCACCAACCCAUUUUUUCAAAAAAGCCAUUUUUUUUUCUUGGGUUGAUUCAGUUUCUUCUUCCCACUUUCUUUCUAUAAAUUUUGCUUAUUCAGGGUUGAGGCCAACACUUGGGCAGUUUUUGUUUUUUUGAAAAUAGUAUUAAUUUCAUCCAUGGAUGCUAAUUCCCAACACCAGGAACGGCCGAGGUUCACUCUCGGCAAGCAGUCGUCUAUGAAACCCGAAAGGGUGGAAUUGGCGGCGGAGCUGGCUGAGGCUGAGGCCGCAGCCAUCGACCAGAGAGUCAGGCUCAUGUACAUGGCUAAUGAGGGCGACAUAGAUGGUAUUAACGAGCUUCUUGACAGCGGCACUGAUGUUAAUUUCAAGGACAUCGACGGUCGUACGGCUCUACAUGUCGCUGCUUGCCAGGGCCGACCGGAUGUGGUUCAGGUUUUGCUAGGGAGAGGCGCCGAGGUCGAUCCUAAGGAUCGUUGGGGCAGCACGCCUCUUGCAGAUGCUGUGCAUUACAAAAAUGAAGACGUGAUCAAACUUUUAGAGGAACAUGGUGCAAAGCCUCCGAUGGCUCAUCACAUGCACGUUAAAAAUGCACGCGAAGUCCCCGAGUAUGAGAUUGAUCCCAAGGAGCUUGUUUUAUCUCAGAAAAUCAUAACCAAGGGAACAUUUCGCAUAGCAUCUUGGCGUGGAAUUCAAGUUGCUGUCAAAACACUUGAGGAGGAAGUACUUACUGAUGAUAAUAAAGUAAAGGCAUUCAGGGAUGAACUUGCUUUACUUCAAAAGUUGCGUCAUCCAAAUGUUGUUCAAUUUUUGGGUGCUGUAACACAAAGCAGUCCAAUGAUGAUUGUCACGGAAUAUCUACCGAAGGGAGAUUUUUGUGAGUAUCUAGGAAGAAAAGGUGCAUUAAAGCCAACUGUAGCAGUGAAGUUUGCACUAGACAUUGCAAGGGGAAUGAAUUAUUUGCACGAACAUAAACCUGAGGCAAUUAUUCAUCGGGAUCUUGAGCCUUCAAAUUUAUUGCGGGAUGAUUCUGGGCAUCUAAAAGUUGCAGACUUCGGGUUGAGUAAGCUACUGAAAGUUGCAAAUACAAUUAAAGAAGACAAACCUUUGACUUGUCAAAAUUCCUCUUGUCGAUAUGUCGCUCCUGAGGUUUUCAAAAAUGAAGAAUACGAUACCAAAGUGGAUGUUUUUUCAUUUGCUUUGAUAUUGCAAGAGAUGAUUGAAGGUUGUCCGCCAUUUUCUACCAAGCCAGAAAUGGAUGUUCCAAAAGCAUAUGCUGCACAUGAGCGCCCACCAUUUAGGGCUCCACCAAAGCAUUAUGCUCAUGGAUUGAAAGAGUUAAUUGAGCAAUGUUGGAGCGAGGAACCAUUCCACAGACCAACGUUCAGACAAAUAAUAAACAGAUUGGAGAACAUCUACGAUCAAUUUGCUCGGAACAGGGGGUGGAAGGUCAGGCCAUUUAAAUGCUUUCAGAGCUUGGGGUCUAUUCUGAAAAGGAAUCGUACAAGUCCAAGUAGUCGAUCGCACUCUCGUUCUGGUCCUACCAGGUGACCGAUGGGGUUGGGGUCAAUGUGUGUAGUUGUUGUGCUUCUUUUUGCUUGGAACAAGAUUUUCUUUGGGUGAUUUUAGCAGUAGGAACCAAAAUGUAUAUGACUCUUGACACUGUUUUUCAUUUCAGUUGUAACUUGUAGCCAAUUUGUUAUUCAUGGGAUGUUCCAUUCCCUUACAUGGAAUGGAACCUAGUGGAUGCACGAACGCCUGUGAAUAGAAAAUUUGAGAAGUGUGAACUUUCAAUCCUGCUCCUUUUGUUUAUUAGAAUGGUUUCAGUUGGCCUUGUGAUA